UGUUUCGCCUUUGAGACCCUUUGUCUGUCCCGCCUAUUAUUCACGGUCGUUUCCAUUCUCAAUGCUUUGUUCUCAAUAAUAGAAGCCGGGUCUUUUUUUUCUCUUCUUCUUCCUUCUUUGUUUUUCGUUUCAAAACGCACUGGUUGCUUCAUAUGACCUUCUCGCUGCUUUGUCUGCAGGUUAUUCUCGACGUCUAACCACCCUGGCAGUCAUAUCUGUCUAUCACUUUUGAUAAAGAAAAUCCAAGACAUUGCAUAAUAAAAUGGCUCCUGCUUUGCAGAAACCGCAACCCGGGUUGCUUCGUAUACCUACAGUGCCAAAUUUCCCUUUGUCCUCUCCGAUCACAGAAGAGGUUGACAGCCCAACAUCGUCACCUGAGGACAGAGAGAUGGCGAGAGAACGACCCUACGAGUACCUCGCUGCUAAGUCGUCGAGUCAGAAUCCGUUCAUCCACGAAGCAGAUUAUAACACAAAUCGAAGUCAACACGGGUCGUGGAUUGAUAUAGAUUCCUCGCAUACUGCACACCAAGCAGAGUUUAUCGGGGAUGGAUCGAGUUUCAAUAAUAAUGGGAUCAUGAAGCAGAACCCUGACAAGCCAGUAGGGUUGAAUCUCGUCACGGAUUUUACUCUUGCGAGUCCCCCGAAACGUAACGAUACUCCUGCCGGUCCGUUUGUCGAUUUGGAUGAUUUGAAACAGCUUUCUAGGGCACGGGAGCAGGAAAGGUCUGCGCAGAAGCUCAAGGGAAUCUUGAAAAAGGGAACAGCUCAGGGAUUUCAUCGGUUACCGGAAGAAGCUGCUGAGCAGGAGAAGGGGGGUUCUUCGUAUCUUGAUCUUGGGAAGAAAGGCUCUUCAAGCAAGAAGGGUAAAGAUGAACUCUCACCGUCUGACAGGCCGAUUAUGAUCGGUUACUCAGGCCCGUUUGAUGAAACUGAUCCUCGGAAAGACAAGCCAAGAGAGCUUGACAGUGCAUGCAGUCAACUCACGCCGCUUACUCCAUCUAUUGUCGUCACCCCCGCCAAGGGAGAUAGCUUUUGGGGUGGUCGUCUUAGCCCAGAGCAGCAUCGUCCACGAGUGGCAUCCAGCGUGUAUUCCCAACCCACGCCGUGUCUGAUGAACGGUGAGGUUCCUCCUGUUCCUGCUAUACCAGCCUUUCACUCGACAGUGAAAAAUGGAGAAGGGGACUUGGACCUACUUCAGAGACAAUCCGUUGUAUCGAGGAAACAACGGCCCUUCUCGACGGGUACGCUUUUCGAGGAUGACAGCCCACCGGGUGCACCAGGCUCGCGUUUCCGGUCUUAUUCGAACGAAAAUCUCAAAAGGUCUCUCGACCGUUUGAGCAUCAACACGGAUACGAAUAGACAUCAAUCGCAGGGAUGGUGGAACUAUCUUCUGACUCCUAUGAUGAACCGUUCUAGCACCUGGAGCCGAAAAACAACACCAACCAGUCCAGAAAUACCCCCGCUGCCCACUCUCAUCACUACUUCCCCAGAGUCAAGCGUUAACUGGUGGGAUACGGAUAAGGAAGUAUCCUGCUUUUCUCCGGAUACCCCUGAAACGUCGGUAGCUGGUCGAGGCGAGGUACCGAGCUGGAACGGCGCUGGAACGAAUCCUUUCGCCGGUCUCAAACGGGGCAACAAUGAGGAAGAAAACAGCACAAGAACAGGUGAAGGUCAACGCGGCAUGGAAUCUUCUCUGUUCUCCUCGGGAAGUCCGAUUCAGGGCCACGCCGCUGAGUACUAUCAAGCUUGCGCGCAUGAACUGUUUAGUGGCACGCCCUACUUCGAAUGUUGCAACCAUGUAUGCUCAAUAACGCCCAAGGGCCAGGCAGCUGCUCCCAUCCCCCAGGAAAGUGCCCAACCGACCCAAGGCGACAGAGGUCUAGCUAUAUUCGCAGCAUCGCCCCACCUCGAAGAGAAACCCGCAAGCUCACCAGCCGACAAGGGAAUCUCUUCUCCCACUCCUACUUCCCCUAAUACACAAUCAGUCGCAAUCAAAAAAGCAGCCGAUGCCAUCUUCAACGCAGUCAGGGAAAUGAACGCCCCGAAAGAGAAAGAGGGCUCCGGAACCUUGCCCAAAGGUGGCCCGCCUACUCCAAUCGCCAAAGACAGCCCUAAGCCACCGCAGCCCGUUCCUGAAAUUUACUCGGAGAAGCAAGCGCCGGAAAGCUAUAACCAACCGGGUCUUACUAUCCCGCCCCCUGUUACUCAUAUUUACUAUCCAGCUGCUGCGAAUACAGCGCCUGUUCAAAUGCCAGUCCCGAUGCCAGCACCGAUGCAAAUGCCACCACCAGCACCAGAAUCGGCGCCAGCGCAAGCUCCAGCUCAAAUGCCAGCACCGGUAUCAAUGCCAGAGCCAGAGCCAGCACGAACGCAAACGCCAGUGCCAGUGUCAAUGCCAAUGCCAAUGUCAGAGCUAAAGCCAACCCCAAUGCCAGAACCAGAACCCGCCCCAGCACCAGCAGUCCCAGCGGAAAUGGCGGUUCCUCAUCAUUUAGUUGUGCCCUCGCCGAACCCAGAUGCACAGAAGCAGCCUCCUGCUCCGGCUUCUCCUGGCCCAAUAUCCCCCGCUUAUCAGCAAGCGACGGAGAGAAGUGGCCCUGGUUUCAUUCCACUGGCUCCGAUGCCGAUGGCCCCUCCAGUACCGGCGUUUGUUGCGAGAGACAACAAUCAUCAUAGUAUGGCAUCGUCGCGUAUGGACCUUCUCCCAAUGACGAGAGUGGAUAUGUCACACCCCGUCACGGAAAGAGAUAGGAUUGAGUCUCGACGACGCAGGCUUGAGAAGGAGGACAAGGCUUUCAAAAAGUCAGAAAACAUGUGGCGGGGCCGAUGUCUAUUUAGCAACAAAAAGGGGUGUUUUGGAAAGUCAACUAGAGAAGGCAAAGAAGGACGCACGAAACGACGCUGGUACUGUGUCAUCGCCACGUUCUUCCUCAUCAUUAUAAUAAUCGCCAUUAUCCUCGCAAUCAAGCUGACCAGGAAUGGCGAUGACACACCAGGACAGUCGCGAUGGCUGAACCUGACUGGCUAUCCACCAAUGCCCACGGGUGUUGCAACAGUUGCUGGGCCCGAGGCCCAGGUGCAGAACUCUGGAUGUAUCAAACCGUCUACUUUAUGGAGCUGCGCCUUACCAAAGGAGGACCAAUCUGCCAACAAGCCCUACAAUGCCAACAACCCCAAUUUCCGAGUGAAUAUUCAAUUUCAAAACGGAACUUACGAUCAUAGUACCACAAUUGCGUCAAGAUCAAAUUAUCUGCUAGGGUCUAGGGCUGGUGGAUUCGAACCAUCCCCAUCGGCGCCUUCUAUCAAAGACCAGACCUUUCUGGGCAAUACGACUGACAAGAACUCUGUCCCCUUUGCUGGGGAAGAGACCCCAUUUUUCAUCUCAAUGCUAUCAACCGUCUCUUCAUCAGCAUCCCGACUGGCUCGGAGAUCUGAUGAUCUGUUUCCUAACCUCAGAUCUCUCAUCCCCGAUCCUGAUCUCGCCUCCGAUGGGACUGCGGCGGCUGCAACCCUUUAUCCUCUCCCCUCUUACCAGCCUAUACGACUCUAUAACCGCGGAAAGGAUGACGAGCACUACGGCUUCUACACGUAUUUCGACAGAUCCAUCUUUCUGGAGACCAACGGUCCCCUCAACGGCAAUGGAACGGACACCUUUCCCAACGAUGCAAAUGGCGGAUCAACCAAAGAGGAUGCCAAAGUACGAUGCACAUGGGCACAGACCCGAUUCUUAGUCCAGAUCUGGACCCGCUCUACAAAAACACUCCUCACGCCAUCCUCCAGUCCAACGCCCACCGCCACCACCAUCGCAACCCAAGCAACACAGACAAGCAAAUCGACCACCUCAUCCUAUGCAAACGAUUUCACGCGCCCAGGCUCCUUCCCAUACCCGGUUACAAUUACACUAGACCGACACGGAGGAACCGCCAGAAAGAAAAUGGUCUACUGCUACGGCAUGGAAGAAAAUCAGCACGUCAAUUCCACCGCAGUCAAGUUGCAGGUCGAACAGCGCGGGUUCGACGGUACAUAUAUUGACCCAGCACCGGGUAUCUUCAGUGGUUCUGACUCGUCGUCUUCGUCUUCGAAUAGCACGGAUUCUACCUCGGAUGGUAUCGAUGGCGGUACGGGAGGAUGUUCUUGUCAAUGGACGAAUUGGAUAUCUACAUCAUAGUUGGGGGAUUACAUUGAUGAUGACUUGACGGCAUUGAUAUUGGGUUUGUAAUUUGUUUGGAAAUAAUAGCCUGUUAUAUUAAUUAUGUUUUCGUGACUUGGCUUGAUGAAUAGAAAGCAAAAAAAGGAAAACAAAAAAACCUUCGUUGGUGUUUCUAGAUAGUUGAUAGAAAUAGACCAUUGGAAUAACGAAUUAAUUCAUGAUACAUGUAUCUCAAUAUUAGCAUUAAUCUAGAAGUCUAGCAGCCUAACAAUCUAGUUG